UGCAAGUUGUGUGGAUGUGCCUGAUUUUCAAUUCUUUGGCGGGAGACGACUGUCUAGCGAUUUGUACGCAGGUUAUUUUGAAAUUUUGUAUCCAAGAAUAGUAUACGGAGAUGCUUUUUUCUUAUUGGGACAAGUGUGUGUGUGUGUGUGGGUGAAGGAAAAGUGUGUGUCAGUGUCAGUGACGCAAUAGAAUGCGUGUAUAAAACACGUCGCUUCGGUCAGCCGGCGUGAAGAAACGAGCUUCAGCGGAACCCCGAGACAGAAAAAGCAAGAUUUGAACAAGCAUGAAGUGUCGGUCGUUUCUCUUCUCACUCCUCCUUUGGAUCCUCCUCCUCUCUCCUACCUCCACCCUCCCACGGAUGCUCCUGAGGAGGGCAACCGACAGCGACGCUGUCUCCCAGCUCUUUCUCCAAGAUCCGCCGGAGGAAGAGGACGUGAUGGACGACGAGCCAAAGGCGAGGGCGCGCCGGGAGCACAGGCCGCUCUCCAUCGACUUGACCUUUCACCUCCUGAGGAACCUGAUCCACAACGCCCGCACGGAGGAGCAGCAGCAGCUGCGCGUGCGUCUCAACCGAAAGAUGCUGGAUGAGAUCGGGAAAUAAAAUAUUGACAUCACAUCGCGAGUAAUGUAAAUAUAAUCAUUUUCGUUCGUUAAAGCAGGGUCUUUCACGUCACGUGACUGAUGUUGUCAUCAUUCAACAAAAGAUUCAUUUUUAUUUUGUAAUAAAAUGAGAACAAAUAUGAA